CCAGGCCGCGAGCAGCCGCGGCCGCCUGGGCCGCCUUCCUGAGCCUCCUUCUUACUUCUGCUCGCGACUCCGCUCCUCAGGAAGGAGCGGCCGGUGGGUCGGCGUGCGGUGCGCGCGGUUCGAGGCCGGGUUGCCGAGCUUGGGCCUGGGCGUGGCGGGCUUACGGGGACGCGGAGCGGAGACCGCCGGGGACGCUGGCGGAGGCGCACGCUGACGGUCUCUGGGAGCCGGUAGGAGGCCGAGAGGACCAUGUCCGGGAGGAACCUACACCUCUCCACCACCGAGCGCGUCGUCAAAGCUGUCCCCUUCCCUCCAACCCAACGGCUUACUCUGAAGGAGGUAUUUGAGAAUGGGAAACCUAAGAUCGAUGUCCUGAAAAACCACUUGGUGAAGGAAGGGCGACUGGAAGAGGAAGUAGCCCUAAAGAUAAUCAAUGAUGGGGCUGCCAUCCUGAGACAAGAGAAGACGAUGAUAGAGCUAGACGCUCCCAUCACGGUGUGUGGUGACAUCCAUGGACAAUUCUUUGACCUGAUGAAGUUGUUUGAAGUUGGAGGAUCACCUAGUAACACACGCUACCUCUUUCUGGGUGACUAUGUGGACAGAGGCUAUUUCAGUAUAGAGUGUGUACUGUUUUUAUGGAGUUUAAAGAUUAAUCAUCCCAAAACAUUGUUUCUGCUUCGGGGAAAUCAUGAAUGCAGGCAUCUUACAGAAUAUUUCACCUUCAAACAGGAAUGUCGGAUCAAAUAUUCAGAACAGGUGUAUGAUGCAUGUAUGGACACAUUUGACUGUCUUCCUCUAGCUGCCCUAUUAAAUCAGCAGUUUCUGUGUGUGCAUGGAGGGAUGUCACCUGAAAUUACUUGUUUAGAUGACAUUAGGAAAUUAGACAGGUUUAAGGAACCUCCAGCCUUCGGGCCAGUAUGUGACCUGCUUUGGUCUGACCCCUCAGAGGACUAUGGCAAUGAAAAGACCAUGGAGCACUAUACCCACAACACCGUCCGAGGGUGCUCUUAUUUUUACAGUUACCCCGCAGUUUGUGAAUUUUUGCAGAAUAAUAAUUUGUUAUCAAUAAUCAGAGCCCAUGAAGCCCAAGAUGCCGGGUAUCGGAUGUACAGGAAGAGCCAGACCACAGGCUUCCCAUCACUCAUUACAAUUUUCUCUGCCCCCAAUUACCUAGAUGUCUAUAACAAUAAAGCUGCUGUGUUAAAAUAUGAAAACAAUGUCAUGAAUAUCAGGCAGUUUAACUGUUCUCCACACCCCUACUGGCUUCCAAACUUUAUGGACGUUUUCACGUGGUCUUUGCCCUUCGUUGGAGAAAAAGUCACAGAGAUGCUGGUCAACAUUCUGAACAUAUGCUCUGAUGACGAGUUGAUUUCUGAUGAUGAAAUUGAAGAUCACUACAUUUCAAGCUAUCAGAAAGCAGGCACUACAGUGCGGAAGGAGAUCAUCAAGAACAAAAUCAGAGCCAUUGGGAAGAUGGCCCGGGUCUUCUCAGUUCUUCGGGAGGAAAGUGAGAGUGUGCUGACCCUCAAGGGCCUGACUCCUACAGGCACACUCCCGCUGGGUGUCCUCUCAGGAGGGAAGCAGACUAUUGAGACAGCCACAGUAGAAGCGGUAGAGGCCCAGGAAGCCAUCAGAGGGUUUUCGCUUCAGCACAGGAUCCGGAGUUUUGAAGAAGCCCGAGGCCUGGACCGAAUCAACGAGCGGAUGCCACCCCGAAGAGAUAGCCAGGACCUUGGUGGGCCCGGGAAAUCGAUGACCUCGGUCCAAUCAAACGCCUCACACAGGAGCGACAGGGGCAGAAAAGCCACUAAUGACUUGGAGCCCCGCGGUGGCACAGGUGGAUCAAAGACAUAGGAACAAAUUUUAUUUAUUUAUUGUUGGAAAACAAAACAAAGCAACUUAAACAAUAUAAACCUGGAGGUCACUUAUACUACCGUCUGCAUUUGUUCUGUGAGAAAGGCGACCGUUUUGUAAACUCUUUAUGUUUUAUAUAUCUGUGCAUCUGUUUUGUUUUCCCCUUUUUUCUUAGUUUUUGGAAACUGAUCUGAUUAUCUGAUCCAUACGUGAAGUCCUGUGCUAUAAAGGGGACUGCCCCCUAAUAAAAGGGCCUUGGAAAAUCCACCCGGGUUUCUGCCUUGAA